AAUCGAAUUUCCUAAAAAUGGCUGCUGCCUCUUCGGGCCGUCUUCUUCUCCGGCGGUUCUCCUCUUUUGCCAAGAACCUCAAUCCAAGCACCACAUCGCCAUGGAUCCACGGCUGGUCCUCCACCCACCCCUACCUCCGCCCCUUCCCCAAGAAACCCCGUGAUGUGAUCGAUUAUUCCAAUGACGAUGCCUUCUCCAGCGACGACGAUGAGGUCGGCACCAGCCGCAGCACUGGAAGCACCACCAUGCGUCUCAUACUCAACAAGCUCCAGAAGCUUGGACUCAUCGAGGUCUCCAACUCCGUCAAUGGAUCCCAUCCCCUCUCGCCCGAGAAAGGCUCCGUGGAAGACAUCUUCCAUGCCGAAGAUGGCGUUCUCCCCAACCCGAGAGGUGGGUUAUCUCUUGAUUUCAGUGAAGAGGUUCUCCGAUUUCUCCCUGGGAUGCUUGGGGUUCGCAAGGAUGAGAAGAAAUCUGAGAUUGAGCUUUCGGAGGACGAGUUGAGGAGGCUGAGGGAUUUAGGGUUGAGGAUCAAGUUGAAGGUGAAGAUCAAAGGUGGAGGUUUGACGAGAGAGGUUGUCGAUGCGAUCCAUAGCAGGUGGCGAGCUGAGGAGGUCGUGAGGCUCAAGUGCGAGGGAUCUGCUGCACUUAACAUGAGGAUUAUGCAUGAGAACUUGGAGAGGAGAACAGGUGGAAUGGUGAUAUGGAGGUCUGGAACUUCUAUUUUAUUAUACAGAGGUGCAGGCUAUGGCUUUCCUCUUAUAGUGAAGGAAAAUGUACUAAACCAAUCAAGUCAGUGUAGUGAGUUCCUUAAAACUGUGAGUUGUACGUCAAGAAGUGAUCCCCUGGAAGAUACUGAAGACUGUAACAUGCAACCUCCAGCUGAAAGGAAAAAGCAUGUUGGUACAGUGCCAGAAAAUAAGUCUCAAAUUGAGAUCGAGAACCUAUUAGAUAAUUUAGGCCCACGUUAUACAGAUUGGCCAGGAUCUGAUCCAUCACCUGUAGAUGCUGAUUUGCUUCCUGGGACUGUUCCUGGUUACAAACCUCCUUUUAGGGUUCUUCCCUAUGGGGUAAAAUCGUCAUUGGGUCCCAAGGAAGGGACGACAUUGCGGAGGCUUGCAAGGUUAUUACCACCUCAUUUUGCCCUCGGGAGAAAUAGGCAAUAUCAAGGUCUAGCUGCAGCCAUGCUAGUGUUGUGGGAAAAAUGCCCCAUAGCAAAGAUUGCUUUGAAGCAUAGUGUACAGUUGAAAACAAGUGAAAGAAUGGCUGAAGAUAUCAAAAAAAUGACAGGGGGUACCCUUCUUUCUAGGAACAAACAUUACCUUGUCUUUUAUCGGGGGAAAAGUUUUUUGUCAUUAGAAGUGGCAGAAAUGUUACUAGAGUGGGAAAGAUCUGCAAAGGCUCUUGAAUAAAGAAAGGCAUAUAGCCAAGGGCACCUCCUUCAGUUCUUUCAAGUGUUGACGCCAUUGAAUUGCAUUGUUUACCAGCAUUUGAAGGAGAACAAGAUUAUGAGAACAAAAGUUGAAAGGCAUGCUAAAAUUGUGAGGAAGCUUUGUCCUGUGUUGGAAGUUUAUCAAGGGAGCUCAUGUUAGAGCAAGAAAGAGGAAAUGUUGUGCAUUCUAUUGCACACAUAGGAAGUUGUGCAAGGAUUAACUCAAUGCUAUGGAGGAAUGUGAAGUUAUAGAUCUAUGGCACAAGAGUCUUCGUCAGAUGAAUGGGAAAGACCUCCAAAUUCUUG